AUGAUAGUACUUAGUAAUUCCAGCUGGAGGUUACUCCAGCCUUCUUUCUUCCUAGUUGGAAUCCCCGGUUUAGAGGACAUACAGCACUGGAUAGCAGUGCCAUUGUGUGUCCUUUACCUCCUUGCUCUAAUGGGAAACAUCACCAUCCUUUUCAUCAUCUGGACUGACUCAACCCUGCAUCAGCCUAUGUACCUUUUCCUGGCCAUGUUAGCUGGCAUUGACCUGGUGCUGGCUUCAUCCACUGCACCCAAGACCCUGGCAGUGGUCCUGGUUCAUGACCAUGAGAUUGGGUACAUUGUCUGCCUAAUCCAAAUGUUUUUCAUCCAUGCAUUUUCUUCCAUGGAGUCAGGUAUACUUGUGGCCAUGGCUCUGGAUCGUUAUGUAGCUAUAUGUUAUCCUCUACAUCAUUCUACUAUACUGCAUCCCGGACUCAUAGGGCGCAUUGGGAUUGUAGUGUUGGUGCGUGGAUUAAUCCUGCUUAUCCCCUUCCCUAUCCUAUUGCAGAGACUUAUCUUUUGCCAGAGCACAGUGAUAGACCACGCCUAUUGUGAACAUAUGGCUGUGGUAAAGCUUGCCUGUUCAGAAACAACAGUGAAUAGAGCUUAUGGGCUGGCAGUGGCACUGCUUGUGGUUGGGUUUGAUGUCCUGGCCAUUAGCAUUUCCUACGCCCUUAUCCUUCAGGCAGUGCUGAAGGUACCAGGGGGUGAAGCUCGACUUAAGGCCUUUAGCACAUGUGGGUCUCAUAUUUGUGUCAUUUUGAUCUUCUAUGUUCCUGGAAUGUUCUCUUUCCUUACUCAUCGCUUCGGACGCAAUGUACCUCAUCAUGUCCAUGUUCUUCUGGCCACUCUCUACCUUCUUGUACCACCUGCUCUCAACCCUCUUGUUUAUGGUGUGAAGACUCGGCAGAUCCGCCAACGAGUACUCAGGGUAUUCUACAUAAAAGGAUAG